CAAGGCGAGGGCUGCCCUGCUGGUGUAUAUGAUCCUGCGAUAUUGUCCUGUACUGCUUUCUGUAACGCAGCUGGCUGGCUGCUGCUGCCCGCUCCUCUUCCUAUACACUGAGGUUUAGUUCCGUGGGUGCUGUCGGAAAGGGACACGCGAAAUAGCUGAACCUGUCCGACCAUACGCGUGCUUAAACUUUAAUGAGAAUAGCGCGGGCUCGGCCCGGGACUGGGUCGAGUGAAGUACAGCCGUGCCGUUUGGAUUUAUAUUAGAAACGAACAAGACAGAGUCUGUCAUUUCUACAUUGUCCUGGGACUGGAUUCCAUUCAAUACUGUUGUCUUCAGUUAGUUAGGCUUUCUGCAGCUGAGGAGCCAUUAGGUGUGUCGCUGUCCCUUUAUAAACGCCCUCCGGCCGGCGCAGCAUAUUUCAAAACGGAUCUGUGUUACUGGAUUCCAUUAGCGAGCAUGCAGGAAGUAAAAUCUACUUCCAAACACACACUCGGGACCCUGUAAUAAAGAGAGGCUGGUUUAUGUCUGCAGCUGAAACGCUGUUGCUCGGGUUGCAUUAGGAAUGUAUUCUGCGGCGUGGGACGGCUGCAAAACGGAAUAGCGACGCGAUAAAGAGACACGAGGCUGAAACUAAGACAAGGCGGGCGGUGUGUUUUCUGUUCAAAGAAGAGUUUGCCAAAAAACAAACCCUGGAAGCCUGGCCGCCGGCUGUCGGCGGUCGAUUCCGAUUAAAUCUCGUUUUGGGGAAACUAAAAAGGUAAGACGCCGAGCCCGUCAUCCCGGAUCUGCCUCGCCGCUGUGCCGGAGCUGGAGUUUGUUGUUUUUACACAGAGAGGAUAGCUGACACUGCCAACAGGAAACAGAGAGGAGAAACCCAGUCAAGCGCGAAUCGCGCUGUCACCAACCAGCACCCCUCUCUCUCUCCGUGUCUCCCUCUCCCAGCGCACCUUCACCAGCCCGGGGAGGGACCACGCCAUGACUCGCGGAGGAGGAGCGAGAAACGCCAGCGACCUGCUUUAUUUCAGCGCAGAGAGUUUAUUUUAAUUAAACUAGAGAGAGAUUCGGCCGCUUCUCCAGGCUGCAGUGCGGAUCCUGUGAACGAGUAAAACUGCAAGGACCGGUUUGGGAUUGCGGAGUCAGCCCCGGAAUGAGAGGGCGUGCCGCCGCCAGGGUCUGGUUGCUCUGGUGAACAUGGUGUCCUCAGAGUCCCACCCUGAAUCCUGCAGCCUGAUUGGCUGUGUGGGCUGGGCAGGGUGUCGCAGGCUCCUCUUCCUGUUUCUCACCGGCGUGUGCAUCAGCUUCCUGUUCCCAGCCACAGACGCACUUCCCAGUCCCUCCCAGUGCCAGCCCAGUCCAGCCCUGCAGGGUGUGUCAGUGAGUGCUGGCGCGUGGCUCCCCCUGUCAGCUGGGAGGAGGUAUGGCAGUUUGAAGCAGUGCAGCCAGGCUUGCUGUGAGAGGGCAGGGUGCAAUGCUGCCUGGAGCCUGCGGGGGCGCUGUGUCAUGUUGGCCUGUGUGAGCCGUGGGCGAUGCCAGACUCGCAGCACCGGGGAGCCUGAUUCGCUGCUGGUGUUUGUGACACACCCCGAAGUGGGGGGGCAAGUGCAGACAGAGGAUUUUGAUUGGCUGCAGGAGUUCCGGAACCGCAGGAAGGGGAGUGGCCUGCCUGGUCGCCAUGGAGAUUCAUGGCUGGGGUCAGGAGAUGAGAGGGGGAUGAGGAGACGGAGAGGGGUGAAAGCGAGGGAGGAGCGGAGGGAGAGAGAGGUGAAGACUGAGCCACAGACCCACACAGACCCCCCAACCAAGAAAGAGGGACCCUCCAGCAAUGAACAGCUUGUUUCCAUGGGAACCGCUGCCCCAGACCCCACCCACAUGUUGACCGUCUCCAAUCCUGUGGCCCUCAGCCUGACGGCCAAUAGAAAGGAUGGGAAGCUUUCCAAUGACAGCGCAGUGGAGGCCCCGCCCCCCACAGGACAGAACCCCACUCCCACCACAGUGACCAUCACCAUGACAACUGCCAGUAACACAAGCACGACCUCCGAGAGGUCAAUCAAACCCACAUCCCUGGCCAGCACAGCCCCCCGAGCUACCACACAACCAGGUGUGCGGGAGCUGGUGGUCUCGGCUGGGAACAGUGUGGAGGUGACCCUGCCCAUGAGUGAGGUGGAGCUCAAUGCCUUCGUGCUGCCGGAGCCCCCCAAAGGCUCCAGCUACAAGUUUGAGUGGCGGCUCAUCACUCACCCAAAGGAUUACAGUGGAGAGAUGGAGGGCAAGCACUCGCAGACUCUCAAACUGAGCAAGCUCACGCAGGGUCUGUAUGAUUUCGAGGUGCUGGUGGACGGGGAAGGGGCUCACGGGCAGGGCUUCGUCAACGUCACCGUUAAGCCAGAGCCCCGAGUGAACCAGCCCCCCGUGGCUGUGGUCUCGCCCCGGUUCCAGGAGAUCUCUCUGCCCACCAGCUCCACUGUCAUCGAUGGCAGCCAGAGCACUGAUGAUGACCAUGUGGUCUCCUAUCACUGGGAGGAGGUGAAGGGACCCCUGCGAGAGGAGAAGGUUUCUGCAGACACCCCCAUCCUCAAACUGGCCAACCUGGUCCCAGGGAACUACACCUUCAGCCUCACAGUGGUCGACUCUGAUGGAGCCCGUGACUCCACGCUGGCCUCUCUCUCCGUGUUAAAGGCUGUGGAUUACCCCCCCGUGGCGAACGCUGGUCCCAAUCAGGUGAUCACGCUGCCGCAGAACUCCAUCACGCUGUUCGGGAACCAGAGCACCGAUGACCACGGGCCCGUCAGCUACGAGUGGUCACUCAGCCCGCAGAGCAAGGACAAGGUGGUGGAGAUGCAGGGUGUGCGCACCUCCACUCUGCAGCUCUCGGCGAUGCAGGAGGGCGAUUACACCUACCAGCUGACCGUCACCGACUCGGCCAACCAGCAAGACACUGCCGAGGUGACCGUGAUCGUGCAGCCGGAGAAUAACAAGCCCCCCCACGCGGACGCGGGGCCGGAGAAGGAGCUCACCCUGCCUGUGGACAGCACCACGCUGGACGGGAGCAAGAGCAGCGAUGACCAGAAGAUCGCAUCGUACCGCUGGGAGAAAACCAGCGGUCCGGACGGAGUGAAGAUCGAGAACGCAGACAGCGCCGUCGCCACGGUGACGGGGCUGCAGGUGGGCGUGUACGAGUUCACACUGAGCGUGCGAGACGAGAGGAACCUGGCGAGCAGCGACACUGUGAGCGUCAUCGUGAAAGAGGAGUUGAAUCAGCCCCCUGUGGCUCGGAUCUCCGGGAACGUGCAGCUCACCCUCCCCCUGAACAUGGCCGCUCUCGACGGGUCAAAAUCCUCAGACGACAAGGGAGUGGUGACCUACCAGUGGAGCCGGGACGAGGGGAGCCCCGCGGCGGGGGAUGUUCUGAACCAGUCGGACCGGCAGCCCGUGCUGCUGCUCACUAACCUGGUGGAGGGAACCUACAUCUUCAACCUGCGGGUCAGCGACGCCAAGGGGGAGAGCAGCACUGCCAGGGGCACUGUGGAGGUCAGACCGGACCCGCAGCGCAGUGACCUGGUGGAGAUGCUGCUGGCUGUGGGGGUGAGUCAGGUGAGCGAGAGGCAGAAGGGCAUGCUGGUCCGGCAGAUCGCAGUGCUGCUGAGAGUACUGGACAGCGACAUCGUGGUGCAGGAAAUCCAGGAGUACACUGAGCAGAGCACCCGCAUGGUGUUCUUCGUGCGCUCGGGACCGAGGCGCCCCCUGCUGCGAGGGCAGGAUAUCGCCAUGGAGCUGCGCAGCAAACUGCGCAAACAGAAAGCAGACUUCCUGAUCUUCAGAGCGCUGCAGAUCAACACUGUCACCUGUCAGCUGAACUGCUCCCAGCACGGGUCCUGUGACUCCCUCACGAAGCGCUGUGUGUGCCACCCCUUCUGGAUGGAGAACUUCAUCCGAGUGCAGCUGGGAGACGGGGAGAGCAACUGUGACUGGAGUGUUCUGUACGUCACGAUCGCCUCCUUCCUGAUGCUGGUUGCCGUGGGGAUCCUGUCCUGGGGGCUCGUGUGCUGCUGCCGCCGGAGGAAGGGGAAGCCCAAGAGGAAGAGCAGGUACAAGAUCCUGGAGGGGACUGACGAUCAGGAGAGCCUGGAGCUGAAACCCGCUGCCAAAGGAGGCGUCCGACUCAAGCCCCCGGUGCACCCCCACUCCAGCCUCCUCCGCUCCGAGUCCGAGGGGGACAGUGAGGACGCCCUCUUCACCUGGCCGGAUCGAGAGAAGGGCAAACUGCUGAGACACCAGAACGGGUCAGUGCGCAACGGACAUGGGCCCAACAGAACCAGGAAACAGAGCCGCGAAGAGCUGCUAUAGCACAGGGCACCCUAACCCUGCACCCUGCACCCCCCCCCCCCCCCACACACACACACACACACACAGAGGGGAAACAGAGCCACGAGCAGCUGCUAUAGGGCACCCUGCACCCUACACACACAGGGGAGCUGCUAUAGCCCCUGUACCCCCCACCCCACACACACUGCAGGAGUACCUCCCCUCCCCCCUCUCCAGAGAGCUGUGAAACUGCAUCCGAGCAGACAGAGCUGGCUUUAGAGCAGACCUUUGCUACAGUCUACCUGCGUCUCAGUGUGUGUGUGUGUGUGUCUCUGUCCCUGUCUCUCUCUCUCUCUCUCUGUCCCUGUCUCUCCUCCUCUCACCGUGUCUCCUCCAGACCCUGCUCCCCCCCCCCCCUCCUCCUCGCUUCUGUAAAUCCGGGUUCAUUUUUCUGGAUUUCUUUUCUUGGUUAUGUAUUGUUUUAUAGAUGUAGUCUUUUUUAAUUAUUUAUUUUUCUGUGAUCAGGAGCUUGAAUUAAUUCAUUAUUAUGAUUCACUGUUUCCGUGGUUAUUGUGGUUAGAAUUUCUGUGUUUCGUCCGUCUGAAUGUAGUUUGAAUCCUUGGUGAUGUAUUUAGUGAACCCAGAAGAGAGGGACCCAGGACCCUGUCUAUAGACAGAGAGAGAACAGGACCCUGUCUAUAGACACAGAGAGAGAACAGGACCCUGUCUGUAGACACAGAGAUAGAGAGAGAACAGGACCCUGUCUAUAGCCAGAAUCUGAGAGGGGAACCGAUAGGGAGAGAGCCACUCUGGCCAGCAGUGUGCAAAGAGUGGGAGGGCGGAGGGCGGGUCUGUGUCUUGUGCGGCAGUGUGAGUGAGCUGUGCAAUCCCGAGCCAGUAUUAUACCCCAGUCUCCCGGAGCUGAAGGUAUUAUAGUGACAGCGCCCCGUGCUGGGAGGAGACAGGCUCUGUCUGUCUCUCUGUCUGUCUCUCUGUCUGUCUGCUUGUCUGUCUGUCUGUCUGUCUGUCUGUCUUGCUAGGCCCAGGUCUGGAGCUCCUGAUGAUAAAACUGGAAAUUGAGGGCCCCCCUUCGCUUGUUAAUGAACACUGGAGAUGUAGUUUUGUGUGGUGAAGACACUUGAAUAUACUGGGACCCCCCACUCACUGAACUCUGAGCACUUUACUUUCUCAAGGUGUGUAACCCGAGGCUCAAAAAGAAAUUUAAACUAAAUAAUAACAGCUUUCAUACAUUCUCUAUGCAACAACCCGGCCCUCUCCCUCCCUUUCUCUCUCGCUCUCUCUCGCUCUCUCUCGCUCUCCCUCCCUCCCUCCCCCUCAUUGCUCUGAAGGGGUGCCAGUGACUAUGUUUCAGUGCCAAAACCCAGGCAACUCCUACAGAGCAAGCUGCAAGGCCAGCUGGAUCUCGGAUGUCAGGGAGAAUCAGGGAUCCAGGAUAUGAAGGGUUAAAACACUCAGCGAGGCGGGGGAGAGGGGACCCGAGAAUGUCGCUCUCUCGCUCGAGAGGGAGACUCGAACCCUCUGAAUGUCAUGCUGCUUGUCGGAUUCACUGGACAGUUUUAAAGAAGCUGUGAUUCAGGCAGGCGCUUCACUGUGGUUUUGUUUGAAGGAGAAGCCAGUGGAGCUCCUGUCUCUCGUUUGCACUCCGCACGCCUCGUGCUUACAGCAGGGGGGUGUUAAUCAGAAGGGAUGGGUUUUAAUUUGCGGGGCUGGAGGAGCGGAGUGCUGGGUUUGUUUUUGGUUGGUUUGUUUUUUAAAUGAAGAUUUUUCUUUUGUGAAUUGUUUUACUGUGAUUCGAUCAGGUCUGGAAACUACUGCUUUCAAAUCGUAUUUUCUGUGAAUAAAAAUGAUUAUUUCCGGUU